AUCCAACCUAGGUUGAUUAAUCCACUGAAGAAUUUGAGGCGUCUUGGACUCAAGCUCGUGGCAGAGUUUUUUUCUGAUUAUGAGACCUACAAAUUUAGUGUGGAAGAGAUUGAUGCACUUUUCCAUGCAGUGGUAUGGCCUCAGGUCUGCAGAUUGGCUUCAGAGAGUCAGUAUUCUCCAACUUUUCUGCUCAAACUCAUUCACACCUGGAGUAAGAAUCCCAGGUAUUUCCCCUUGCUGGCCAAGCAGCAGCCAAAUCACCCAGAGUGUGAUAUACUGUCAAAUGUGUUUGCUGUGCUGUCAGCCAAGAAUCUGUCUGAGGCCACAUCCAGCCUUGUGAUGGACAUAGCUGAUAGCCUUCUCAACAGCCCAGAUUUUGAACCCACAGAGCAGGUUUCCAGUUUGAAUGUGACUGACUGUGUUGUGAUGGUCACUGGAGACAGGACAGAAGAGACCCUCAGCCUAGGUUGCCGCUUGGUUCUGCCCCAUGUUCCUGCCAUACUUCAGUACUUCAGCAAAACAAUGUUAAAUGUGGAGAAGGUGAGAAAGAAGAAGUAUAGAGCUCAAGUCAGCAAAGAGCUGAGUAUUCUUUCCAAGAUCAGCAAAUUUAUACAGGAAAAGAGUCAGAAUUCAGUUCUUGUGAGCCUUCUCCUUCCUUUCCUGUAUCAGAGUAACAUGGAGCAGGGUACAGAGAUUGACAUUCUGGAGACAGUGCAGAACUUGCUGAGGCAUUGCUCAAACCCUACAAGCUUUCUCAAACCACUCGCAAAGCUUUUUUCUGUUAUCCAGAACAAACUGUCUCGACAUAAGCUGUGCUUGGUAUUUCAGACUUUAUCUGACUUGGACAGUGAAUUGAAGUAUAUUACUGAUGUUGUUAAGCUGAACGCCUUUGACCAACGACAUCUCGAUGAUAUCGACUUUGAUGUACGUCUGUCAACAUUCCAGUCAAUCACAGCCCACAUCAAGGAAAUGCAAGCAGUGGAUAUUGACUUCCUUAUCCCCGUUAUGCACAACUGCUUCUAUACCAUCCAGCUAGGGGAUAUGGCUCUCAGUGACAACGCAAGCCUUUGCUUGACCAGUUUUAUCCGCCGACUGGCAGAAAUCGACCACACAGAAGAUGACUACAAGGAGCUAAUCCAGCACACUCUCCUGGAAUCUGUGAGAAGGGGGCUGAAGAGUAAGACUGAGAGCAUCCAGCAGGACUACACAUCACUGCUUUCCUGCCUCAUUCAGACAUUCCCAACAAAUCCUGAAUUCCGGGAUUUGGUCCAGUUGACCAACCGCCAUGAUCCUGACAUGGACUUCUUUGAGAACAUGAAACACAUGCAGGUCCACAGGAGGGCACGAGCUCUGAGGAAACUGGCUAAGCAGCUCACUGAAAAAAACCUUGUGCUGUCUUCUAAAUCCCUGCAGAACUACAUCAUGCCUUAUGCUACUACUGCCAUUUUUAAUGAAAAAAUGCUUAAGCAUGAAAAUAUGGUAACAGCCUCAGUUGAAGUUGUUGGAGCUGUCUGCCGACAUCUCUCGUGGUCAGCGUACUUGUACCACUUAAAGCAUUUCAUCCAUGUCCUGCAAACAGGACAGAUCGGUCCAAAGCUGGGAGUCAGCCUGUUAGAGACAGUGCUGGAAGCCUUUCACUUUGACCACGAAACGCUUGAAAAGCAGCUUGUGACCAUUGACAGCCAAGAAGCUGCUACCAUGGACCUUGAGCCAGUGGUGGAGGCUGAAGAAGCCAUGGAGCUGGAGCAGAGUGAAAAGGAAGAGGAGGUAGCUGAGGAAAAGAAAGGGAAGAAUCUCCCUGAGGAGCUGGCAGAACCUGAGCAAGCAGCUGAGACAUCUGAAGAUGCUGAGCAAGUGACCAAACCUGUUUGUUUCUUACCCCGAAAUAAAGAGGAGCUGGAGUGUCUGAUCAAACACAUUCAAGAUACAGUUACAGUCAACAUCUUGCCUAAAUUGCACAGGUGUAUUGUUGCAAAGGUUAAAAGAGACGAGGAACACAAGCUUGUGAAAUCCAAUGUUGUGAACGAUGAUGAGGUAGUUCGUGUUCCGUUAGCUUUUGCAAUGGUCAGGAUGAUGCAGUGUCUUCCCCAAGAAGUGAUGGAAGCCAACCUACCAAGGUAAAUCCCGUCAGAGCUCCUUAAGUGCUGUUCAUUGUCCUGGAACAGAUUUCAGGAAAUUCGGGACAUUGCCCGUAACACCCUCAUUAAAAUCAUGGAAGUGUUGGGAGUGCAGUACCUUCUGUACAUCUUAAAAGAGAUGCAGUCCACUCUUGUCCACGGGUACCAGCUCCAUGUGCUGACUUUCACUGUGAACUUGUUACUGAAGGGCCUUACUACCAGGCUCAGUGCUGGUGAUUUGGACCCCUGCUUAGAUAUCCUGAUUGAGAUUUUCAACCAAGAGUUGUUUGGGAACAUAGCUGAAGAGAAGGAGGUGAAGGGAAUUGUCUCCAAGGUCAUGGAAGCACGCAAGAACAAGAGUUACGAUUCCUAUGAAAUUCUUGGAAAGUUCAUAGGAAAGGGCCAGGUGACAAAGCUUAUUCUGCCACUGAAAGAGAUUCUGGAGAGCACCACAAGCUUGAAGAUAGUCCGGAAGGUGCAUGAGGCACUGCGUCACAUCAUGGCAGGGCUGAUCUUCAAUUCGGACAUGAAUGCAGAAUCGCUUCUCCUCCUCAGUCAUGGUCUCAUCAGUGAGAACUUGCCUCUGCUCACUGAGAAGGCCAAAAAAAAAGUUGCCCCUCCUCCAGAUCCUCGGCUGCAACCAGAGAGCUGCCUGCUGCUCCAGCCCACUCCCACAAGAGGAGGGCAGAAAGCACGUGUCAGCAGCAGGACUAACACAUAUAUCUUGGUUGAUUCAGGACUUCGGCUGCUGCACAUGAGUCUGAAGAGGUCCAAAGUAAAUUCUUCUGAGGAACAUGUUCUGGAAAUGUUAGACCCUUUUGUUCAGCUGCUUAUAGACUGCCUGAAAUCUAUGGAUGUUAAGGUGGUAACUGGUGCUCUGCAGUCCUUGGUGUGGGUUUUAAAGUUCCCUUUGCCUUCUGUCAGUAUGAAUCUGGAGCCACUGAUUAAGCAGCUUUUCCUCUUGCUGAAAGAAUUUGCCAAGACAGGAGUAGCCAAAGGCCAGAAUUUCCACCUGGUUGUGAGCUGUUUUAAAUGUGUAACAAUACUUGUGAAGAACGCGAAGAGUCAGAUAACAAGCAAACAGCUGCAAGUGUUGCUUGGCUUUGCUGAAGAAGACAUUUAUGAUUCGUCACGCCAAGCCACUGCCUUUGGCCUUCUCAAGGCUAUUUUAUCCAGGAAGCUGAUUGUCCCUGAAAUUGAUGACGUGCUGCAGAAGGUUGCCCAGCUGGCCAUCACGGGUCAGAGUGAGCCGGUGCGAGUCCAGUGCAGGCAG